AUGGUUACAUUUAACUGUAAAAGCGUAAAGAGAUCUGUAGAACAAAUAAGAUCUAUAUGUCGAUUUUCUGAUAUUGUGGCUUUACAGGAAACGUGGCUUUUACCUCAUGACCUUGGUUUUAUUAACGAAAUCAGUGCAGACUUUGGAUGCUUCGCCAAGUCAUCAAUUGAUACGACAUCAGGUAUCCUGAGAGGACGCCCAUACGGUGGCUUAGCUUUAUUAUGGAGAAAAUCAAUGUUUUCCGAUGUCACAGUCAUUAACUGUACGAGUGAUAGAUUGGCGGCGGUGCAAAUUAAUAUGGGCUGUCGUCAAUUUUUGAUCUUAACUGUAUAUUUACCAACCGAUUCGGAAGAAAACCUAGUUGCGUUUACGGACUGUUUGGCCGGCAUAGAAGCAUUAAUUGAUGACAGUAGUCAAAGAUGGUCUCGUAUAGUGUCAGGGUGGGAUGCCCUGCCGGGCCAGCAUCCUCAUCAGGCUGUCAUCCGCAUGGUGGACGAAGAAGGAAAAGUAGGCACUUGUGGAGCGUGCAUUGUGCACACGGAGUGGCUUCUAACUGCUGCUCACUGUACUGCUGGACAAGUGACAAUUGUAGUGCGUGCUGGACUAAUCGACAUAUCCAAACCAGAGAUGCUAUUGGAGACCACAGAGCAUUACUUAUAUCCUUCAUAUGACGCCUCAAGGCCGGCCAGCGUCCAGCAUAACGAUAUAUCAAUGAUCAAACUGCACCAACCCCUUAAGUAUAGCCGUAUUCGCGCAAGCAGAUUGCAGUGGGUGUAUUUACGCGGUAUCCCCGAUGAAGACUGCAUAUCAAUUUUAAGCAGCAAUUACAUCUCGGAAAACAACAUUUGUGCCCGUUACUACAAUAUGACGUCUCAAUCCAUUUGCCAGGGUGACAACGGUGGUCCUCUAGUACACAUGUCUUCUGAUCACGUACCCAUCCUCAUUGGGAUCAGCUCGUUCGUUGCUGACGAUCAGAAUGGAUGUCACGCUGGUUAUCCGAGCGUCUUUACAAGAACCGGACCUUUUCACUCCUGGUUUAAGAGUAUUAGUGGAAUAGACUUUGAUAAUCUUAAUGGAGUAAAGGAGAAUGAAUCAACUACUCUAUAUUCCACUACCGAUCCUCCUACCACUUAUCCCACCUCUGAAUCUUACUCUACUUCUGAUCCUAAUUAUACUCCUGAAUCUAUUUCUACAACUUCGUCUCUCACUACUUCGCCUACCACGAUUCCAAUUUCUACCACUAUUUCAACUGCUGAUCCCAAUUCCACAGUCUCACCCCCAACUACUUCCUCUAAAUCUUCUUCCGUUUAUCCAACUCCCUCUAUUUCCUCCUCUACAGUCCAGAGAAGUUCAGAUAUUAAUAAUUCAGAGGUGCAGAAAGCAAUGGAAGUAGACAUAAGAGUCAACGUAAAACUUAACAAAGAAGAAAAAAGAGAACAUACCAACGGCAAUACAGCA